AUGCUACAGGCUCGUGUGCCGUUUGGCGGCCUCCAACGGUCCUGCAAGUGCCUCACAACGCUCGCAUACCGGCCGUUUUCCAGCACUCCCCUCAGAAGACAAGAGACAGCCGCAGACUCAACCUCCCUGGACGAUGACCUUUCCCUAGCUCCGCCUCCAGUCCGUGAUAAGGGAGCCAUCCAGCUACGAUCAUACACACCACGUACACCCGGUCUCAGACAUUUGCGGAGGCCAAUAAAUGACCAUCUAUGGAAAGGCAGGCCGGUCAAGGAGCUUACUUUCCCCAAGAAGGGCCACGGAAAAGGUGGACGAAAUUAUACCGGAAGAGUGACCGUUCGUCAUCGUGGAGGUGGCCAUAAGCGAAGAAUACGUGUUGUUGACUUUGAGCGAAACGAGCCAGGCCCUCAUACCGUGGAGAGAAUCGAGCAUGACCCCGGCCGGACAGCGCACAUUGCCUUGCUGAAGUCUAAGCUUACGAAGAAGUUGAGCUACAUUCUUGCGCCGGAGGGGAUGAGGGAAGGUGAUGUCGUGCAGAGUUAUCGUCCCGGUAUCCCGGAUGACCUGUGGGAGGCUAUGGGCGGUAGUAUCGACCCUGGUGUGCUAGCGGCCAAGACUGCUCGACGAGGGAACUGUCUACCUCUACACAUGGUUCCUGUGGGUUCAAUGAUUUUCAACAUUGGCCUACACAAGGGGAAAGGUGGUCAGCUUUGCCGCGGUGCUGGGACAUACGGUAUUCUAAUGACCAAGGCUGGCGAAGCACCUCCACCAUGGGAACAAGUCAAGGCCAAGGAGGAAGAUGCAAAGGCCGACGGCAAAGAGACCAAAGCUGAAGAAUCUACAAGCGAAGAAGCCAAGGAUGCUAAGCUUGACGCCGAAGUGGAAGCCGAGAUCAAGAGCGAUGCCGAUGCUGCUGGUGAGAAGACCGUCAUGUCCGAGCUGGAAUGGAAGAGGCUCAAGAAGAUGUCUGAGCACGUUGCCGUCCGCCUACAGAGUGGUGAAGUCCGUCUGAUCCAUAAGGAGUGCUGUGCCACCAUUGGAGUUGCCAGCAACGUCAACAAGAAGUAUGCUCAGCUCGGUAAGGCCGGUCGAAAGCGCUGGCUCAACAUCCGUCCCACCGUCCGUGGUGUGGCCAUGAAUGCAAAGGACCAUCCCCACGGUGGUGGUAGAGGAAAGUCCAAGGGUGGUGUUCAUCCCAAGAGUCCAUGGGGUCUACCGGCCAAAUCCGGAUACAAGACAAGAAUCAAAGCGAAUAUCAACAGAGAUGUCAUUACCCCGAGAGUCCGCAACCAAGGCAAACGCCGCAGAGGAUACAAUUAA